AUGAAUUUCAUUUUACCAACAUCUCUACCAAAUCCAGACCCUGGUUUCAAUGUAAUUGUGACGAAAGAAGAGUUCAACUUGUUUCACAGCGUAGAUCGACAGCUGUUCAGUCGUUUGGUGAUGGAGCUUGGUCGAGAAACUUCGGAAUCUAUAAAUGUAAUGGCUUUCAUAAUGUGGGUUGAAAGAAAAACCAAAGACUAUAAUUUAGUCUUAAAGAUUUUUCGACGCUGGCCAGACGUUAUGGUACGCAAUCUGGCUGAUGAGAUUGUGGUCCUUCUGAAGUGCAUUGAGAACUCUGAAUACCCUAACGCUUGUGCAAGCGAAAGUAAGUUGCUGUUGAUUCAACACAUCUUGUGUCACAAUGUGACACUGGAGUAUUUUCAUGACAAGCGUCUGGAUGUGAUUACUGAGAUCACAAAGUUCAUCAAUGAUGUCUGUGUAAGAGCUUUUUCAGACAUUAUUGAACAGGCCUAUUAUGAGAGAGCUGUGAAGGAGCAAGAACUAUAUCUUGCUAAUGUGUAUGCUGAUACUGCUGAUCCUCAGAUUCAAGUUCAACCACAAAUCAUGUAUUAUGCUCCUCCUAAUGCUGUUCACAUGGUUCCACAACGAGUGGUGCCACACUAUAAUGAGUUUAGAACUACUGCUGCUAACACUAAAAAUAAUGGACAAGAUAUAAACCAGAUUUUGUCCAAUUUGAAUCUGGACGAUAUUUAUUCUGCUGAUACUGGAAUUGUUCCUCCUGAUGAGAAUGAGAACAAGCCAAUCGAUGAUAGGACCCUCUUCAUCACCUUUUCCAAGGGCUAUCCCAUUUCUGAGAUUGAGCUUAGAGAUUUUUUCACCAGAAACUGUGGAGAUAUCAUUGACAGGCUGAUCAUGCAAGAAUCAAAUCCGGCUGAGCAACCACUGUAUGCUCGUCUCGUUGUUCGACCAGAGGCUAUCAGCGUAAUUGACCAUUUUCUUGAGUAUCAGCCAAGGAUGAAAUUUGCCAUUAAUGGGAAGCAUGUAUGGGCUCGAAAAUAUAUACACAAGCCACUAUAUGCAAAUCCUUUUGAAGCUGGGCCAUCUCGAUAUUUUCCAUGA